AGAAAGCGCCGUUGUUACUGGUAAAGGGUCUGUAGUUGGGAGACUGUGUCUGGCUGCUGGUAAACUCUGCCCAGUUUCUUUUUCUUUAUAAAAGCGACCGACUUAGCCGCAAACCACAUUUUCGUUUUGGAUCUGACUUGGACAACAGUUAGGAAAGAAGCAACAAAUGGCAGACAUACGGAAGAAACUUGUCGUGGUGGGUGACGGCGCAUGUGGGAAAACAUGCCUACUGAUUGUGUUCAGCAAGGACGAGUUUCCUGAAGUGUAUGUGCCCACUGUGUUUGAGACCUAUGUGGCCGACAUUGAAGUGGACUCCAAGCAAGUCCAACUCGCUCUGUGGGACACCGCCGGGCAGGAGGACUACGACCGGCUGCGUCCCCUGUCCUAUCCGGACACCGACGUCAUUCUCAUGUGCUUCUCCGUGGACAGCCCGGACUCGCUCGCAAACAUCCCUGAAAAGUGGGUACCAGAAGUCAAACACUUUUGUCCGAACGUGCCCAUUAUUUUAGUGGCCAACAAAAAGGACUUGCGCAACGACGAGAAUGUCCGGAACGAGCUGUCCAGGUUGAAACAGGAGCCAGUGAAAACGGAGGACGGUCGCGCCAUGGCCAUGCGCAUUGGCGCAUAUGACUAUUUGGAGUGCUCUGCCAAGACCAAGGAUGGCAUAUGGGAAGUGUUCGAGACUGCAACACGGGCAGCCUUACAGAAGCGACCCAGACCAUCCAGUAGUUGUAUCAACUGCUGUGUUUUGUCGUAAGUGAACUGUCCGGGGCGCUGACGUGCAGCAGCAGAGAUGUCUUCCUCCCGCUGGGAUGUGAACAUGCAGGGGCAGCGACCAUAGUUUGGAUUCUUACUCUAAUCAGAUGACCGUGGUUGAACCAAAACUAAUAACUGCAAACAAGGUCGUUCCAGACAAUCACCUGGUGUUGGGGUGUCUAAAUGUACUGGUUACAGCAUGUUUCCACAGGUCACAUGAUCCUGUUGUGUGACUGGUGAUGGGGCAAAAGGAGAGACAGCAGGCCUCCACCUCAGACGCUGCCCCCCAUGACGUGCUGAUGGUUUAUCUGUGUGAUGAACAAACACUAAUGGGCCAAGGUUACAGCUGAACGACAUGUUGGCUCUUGUUUUCUUAUUUUAAAUGUCUGCAUAGUGUCGCACCCAAUUUCUGUGAUGCUGAUUGUUUGCAAUCAGCAAAGCAGUUGAACUUGCACUGGUACUAUUUAUGUCCACUUUGUAUUGUAAAAUGACUGUAUCCAGUUUGGGAAUCAGCUGGGCGCUUGAGCAGCCAACUUACAAAACUUGUUACUGAAGUGUUAAAAAUGAAAGCAAAACUUACAUGCUGGUCUAAAUAGCUGCUUGUGUUUUAUGCUUUUUGAAUAAAGACCCAGCUUCACUUUACAACCUAUGUAAGCCAUUAUGAUUCAAGUCUUUUAGUUUUAACCCUAUCCAACAAGCAUUUUGAAACAUCUGAAAAAUCUUUUUGUGUUGUCUUGUAUUCUGCAGUAUUUAAUGCCUUGGUUGUUUAUUUACUCGUAUGUAAUAUGCUGAAGACUACAAGAGACAUGUACCAGGUUUAAAUAGGGAUAAUCAUCCUGUACAAAGUAAUGCUGCAUAUUUUCCGAUAUAUUGUGUGCUACAGCUAUGUGUACAAUAGUACAAUAUUUUUUCCCAAAACAUUUUUUUUCUUUUCUUGAUUUACAACAAAGACAACAUAGUAGUACAAUAGUACAAUAUGAGGGAACAGUUAUGAUAAGUUAUCAGAAAUGCCUGAAUCAGUGUUGCUGAGUAACCCCAUGUUUUUGCCACUUUUUUUUUUUUCCUCGGUGGUGCCCACAGUGACAGGCUCACUUGGCAAACGCCAACUGAGCCUGUCACUGUCUAACUCCUCUGUGGACCAAAUAAGGAGCUUUGAAACAUGGCUUCUAACAGUAUGAAAAGAAGGAGGUUAUAUGAGGACAAAGUAGCCUGGAAAUAGUAUGACAGCAUAAAAAAUGAGAAAUUAGCUCAGAAGCCUGAAAAAA